CAGCAAGCGAGGCGGGCGCGAGACAGCAAAGCUCCGCGGCCGCGUCUGGCGAGUCUGGUCAUCCGCGAAGGCCAUAACUCGAGGGAAACUAAACCAUGGCUUGGCACGAAUUCAGUGUGCUGAACUGGCUCCGAGAGGGUCGGCAGUCCCGAAAAUUAAUCUUGCUGAUUGUCUUCAUUGCUCUGCUCUUGGACAACAUGCUGCUGACUGUAGUUGUGCCAAUAAUACCCAGUUAUUUGUAUAGCAUUAGACACCUCAAAAAUGCAACGGAUGUCCAAACCAUUAGACCAGAGACACCUUCUGUAAACCUGAACAGAUUGCAAAGCAUCUUUUCAUAUUAUGACAAUUCGACUAUAGUUACUGGAAAUAAUUCUGAAGGAACAAGGCCAGAAGAUGACUAUCAUGCUCAGACAGAGAAAAUGGUGGUAAAUAUGACUAAGACAACUCCAUCAUCCUCAGACUGCCCAAAGAAAGACAAAGAAUUGCUAAAUGAAAACGUAGAAGUUGGUUUGCUUUUCGCUUCCAAAGCAACUAUGCAAUUCCUGACUAACCCUUUUAUAGGGCCAAUGACAAACAGAAUAGGCUAUCAGAUCCCCAUGUUUGCUGGCUUCUGCAUCAUGUUUGUUUCAACAAUUAUGUUUGCCUUUUCAGAAAGCUAUAAAUUGCUUGUGAUUGCAAGAGCUCUCCAAGGUGUGGGUUCCUCUUGUUCUUCUGUAGCUGGGAUGGGUAUGCUAGCAAGUGUAUAUACUGAUGAUGAAGAAAGAGGCAAUGCAAUGGGGUUUGCCUUAGGAGGCUUGGCUAUGGGGGUAUUAGUUGGUCCGCCUUUUGGAAGUGUCAUGUAUGAAUUUGUUGGGAAGGCAGCCCCAUUCCUGGUGUUAGCAGCUUUGGCUCUUUUUGAUGGAGCAAUACAACUGCUAGUUUUACAGCCAUCUAGGAUACAGCCAGAAAGUCAAAAGGGAGCAUCAUUACUGACCCUCUUGAGGGACCCAUACAUUCUUAUUGCUGCAGGAUCAAUAUGCUUUGCAAAUAUGGCAAUUGCUAUGCUGGAACCAGCUUUACCCAUUUGGAUGAUGGAGACAAUGUGUUCAAGCAAAUGGCAACUGGGCGUUGCUUUCAUUCCAGCCAGUGUCUCUUAUCUGAUUGGAACAAAUCUUUUUGGUGGUCUUGCACACAAAAUGGGAAGGUGGCUUUGUGCCCUAAUUGGGAUGAUAAUAGUGGGAAUAAGCAUUCUGUGUGUACCGUUUGCUAAAAACAUAUACGGACUCAUAGCACCAAAUUUUGGAGUUGGCUUUGCCAUUGGGAUGGUGGAUUCUUCAUUGAUGCCUAUUAUGGGUUACCUUGUUGAUCUGCGUCAUGUUUCAGUCUAUGGGAGUGUUUAUGCAAUCGCAGAUGUUGCAUUUUGCAUGGGUUUUGCUUUAGGUCCAUCUGUUGGUGGUGCUAUUGCAAAGUCAAUUGGGUUUCCAUGGCUCAUGACAAUUAUAGGAAUUAUUGAUAUUCUCUUUGCUCCCCUGUGUUUGUUUCUGCGUAGUCCACCUGCCAAGGAAGAAAAGAUGGCAAUACUUAUGGAUCAUAACUGUCAUUUUAAAACCAAAAUGUACACACAGAACAGCAUCCAGUCACAUCAGUUAGGUGGUGAUGAUGAAGAUUCGGAGAGUGAUGAAUAAUGUUUAAAAGCCGGUACUGGUAGUUCAAUGAUACAGCAGACUUUUCCUGUGAAACAUCUCAUCAGAAAGUUUUAGUUGUACUGUACUUUUAAUUGUGAACUUGUAAAACAAAACGAAACCAAAGGUAUAAUUAUUUGUUGCCCUUGAUCAAGAGUACCCACUGCCUUAUAAAAAAAGAUUUUAGAAGAUUUUGUUAUAACGUUAAAACUUUGUGUUUAACAUUAGGCAUUUUGUUGUAAAUGUAUACAUCUCAAUCUAGAUCCAUGCCUUUAAAAUAUUAGUUCACAAACAUUUCCCUAUGAUACAUUUUCAUUUAAUUCAUUGCAGCAAUGAGUGCCUGAAACUAUCAAUUAUAAAUUAUCAGAUUGUAUAUUUUAAAAAAAAGUUAUAAUACUUUGCACUUUUCAAAUUAGCUUUGCUUGAAACUAUAAACUUUCCUUUACACUUACCCUAAUUAAAAAUGAUGUAAAGUGAACAAAACUUAUGUAGCUAAUAGAGAAUCAAUUUCAUUGCAAACUAUGGGAACGUUUGGGAAAGAGAAAUUUGAUAUAAGUAAUUAAUUGGUUCAUCUUAAUUUGGCAUUGGUACUGAUAAAUAAUAAGAUAUUAUACUGAAAAUUGUUGUAUUUCUUUCAUUUCAUUCUAACUUGUCCAAAUCUGGUGUCUUAUCCUCAUUUAAACAUUGAUGUCUAGUGCAUUAUUUGAAUAUGUAAAUUUCAAAUAACUGUUACUAUGGUGGCAUGCCAUUAAUUACAUCCAAAAUUAUACAGAAAGAAAGUUGAGAUAUACGAUUUCUGCUUAUACUCUUUUUAUGUAGGCGUGAACUAGAGUGUGCACCAGAUUCAGACAAGCCCCAGAUUCCAAGUUGAAACAUGAUAAUUCAGAAUAGGUUUUUAUUUCCCUGGGAUGGAUAGGCAAGCCUUGAUUUUUUAUCUGGAGCUUUAACCUGCUGCAACAGUGAUAAUGCAGCAACCCUUUCUGUCAUUUACAUGGAAGGAACUGAAGAAGCACCUUUAAUUAUAUCAUGUCCUCUAUGAGCUGUGGCUCACUUUAAUUCAGUCUUUCAUCCUUAGCUGCUGCAUGGUUUAUGCUUUCGAGCUGUGUCAGGUACCUGACCUGGCCCCAAGCAAUGAACCUCUCCAUAGACAAGGAAAAUUCUUUACAAGGAUCUCUUCAAUUUAUAUUCCCCAUCUAUUCAAAAUUCAGUUUGGAUGAUUCCCUUCAAGGGAGCUACUGAUGCUACAAAAUUGAACAUGCUAUAUCACAAAAUAACAUCUGACACUGAGACAUUUUAAAAUAAGAAAUUAAAUUUUAAAGGAAUAUAGCCCCAAAACUUUUGUAGCAAUUUCUAUAGUUUGGCAUGCUUCAUCUCACGAAGCUUUAGUUUUUCUGCCGUUAUCCCAUUUAAUGAAGAAACAAACUGAUCACAAGUUCAGUUUUCCCCAUGUUAGGCUGCAGUUCUGUUCCCCACCCACCCACCCAAAUCUUGUUUCCGAUCCAAAGGUCAAAAUGGAAUGGCUAUACCAGAUCAGUCUGUUUCUGGAGCUUAAGAUUAAUCCUCAAGCUGCACCAUUAGUCUCUGCAUACUCCUUGCUAAAACUGUUCUAAUACGUGCCUAUUUAAACUAGAAACAAAACUGCCAGCAUUUGAACUCCCGUAUAUGAGAUCUGUUUUUUAAAAAUGCUACCUGAUUAUCAAAAGGAAGGCCAGGCAGUUAUAUUCCCUAGUAGAUUUGUACUAUAAAAUUUUAUUUUUCUAAAGUUUGUUUUGUUUUUGCAAAUUAAAAAGUUAUAGGACAUACCUGCCUUUUAACAUUGUCAGACGUUUAGGUGUCUGCAUGAAAUGAAAUUCAUGCAAAGUCUAUUCACAGAGUGACUCCUUUGUUUCUAACUAUCUUUUGGACAUCAGCAGAUGGAAGUGGAUUAACACCUUUCCUUGAAUGAGAGUCUGCAUCAUAGUGUGCUUUUGAAGAAAAUAUGCAAAACAGGGUUCAACAGAUUUGAAGACUGGGUGGUUUGAUAAAUGGGAGGCAGAAAACGUUCUGGUUCUUAAUACAUAAUGGUCUAUAUUGCAAUCUAUUGAGUCCUGUGGCAGUGUUCUCUCAGUGUUGAGAUGAGCCCAUGGAUUAUGGCCUUAGUUGUGAAAAUAAAAGUCCAACAAAUGUAAGACCAUGUAAGUAUCAAAUAUUUAUGUAGUGUUGUAUACAUAACACCGUUUGUAAACUUGAUUGCUGUGCCUUUUCUAAUGUAUCAACAGAUGGUUUGUAUUUAAAGCAGAAACUUUAUAUAGUUUUGUAAAGUGUGUGUUUGUGCGUGUCAUUUCCGUGCAUAAAACAUAUAUUUUGGUCAAGUUUUGGAAAUACUUUAGAUGAAUUGUUAUUGUUCUGUUAUACAGAAAAUAAGAAUUGAAUGUUAUUUUGUGAAAUAAAUAAAAGGUACAAUGUGAUGUUUCACUACUGUUUAUGUGCCAAUUAGUACAGAAAGGCAAGACACCAAGUCUUGGUCCCCUUGCCCCAUUGCUAUGACAGUUCUCAA